GCGGAGCUUUCGUGCGCAGGUCACGUGAGCCGCUGUUGACACUUCCGGGUGGGACGAGAGUGAGGCGGCGGACUGGUUGGUCUGCUGAGGUACAGGCAUGGCGUACCACGGCCUCACUGUGCCUCUGAUCGUAAUGAGUGUUUUCUGGGGCUUCGUGGGCCUUCUCGUGCCCUGGUUUAUCCCCAAGGGUCCUAACCGGGGAGUUAUUAUCACCAUGUUGGUGACUUGUUCAGUUUGCUGCUAUCUCUUUUGGCUGAUUGCAAUUCUGGCCCAGCUCAAUCCUCUCUUUGGACCACAGUUGAAAAAUGAAACCAUCUGGUAUCUGAAGUACCACUGGCCUUGAGGAUGAAGACAUGUUCCAUAGUACCCAGGCACUGAGGUCACAGAGAGAAUGCCUUCUAGAUGCAAAAUCAGCUCUACACCCAGACCACCUUCUUCGAUAGAAAUGCCACUUUGGGCAUUACCUGCCUUACACUUGAAGACCUUCCUCUACAUGCAGUAUUUUUUCUUUCACCUUUUUUACACUCUGAAUUAUGUGCCUACUUAGCAGACUCUGUGAGAUGUGUCUGCACUCUGCUGAGAGAAGAGAUGCUGUUCUGAGAAAUCUGUUACCCUUGUCUUGGAGCCUGUGGCUUUGAAAAAUGGCUCUUGCCAGCUCACAACAUGAGAGUCGGCGAUGUGUUUAAAAUUGCUGCAAGACAAAUAAGACUCAGUGGGGCAGUCCGAAGUGCCCGCUCAAGAGAAGCUCUACCCCAGCAGAUGUACACCAAGCUCUAUUUUCAGGAUGAAUUUCUUACUUCUACGUCUUUGGAAUAAAUUAUUUUUCUUCUUUCUUU